AUGAAGAGGAAGGAGAGCUGUAAUGAGGGAGGUCCCUCGAAGAAGAAGAAAUGUAAUCAUCCUCUCUCCGUUGAUCCGUCUUCAAUAGUUAAUCCCACCUCCACCAAUCCAAUUGAUCCCUCAUUCAAUACAUCAAGUUCACCCAACCCCAAUCCCAAUCCAGCAAGUUCAUCCAACCCCAAUCCAACAAGUUCAUCCAAUGAAGACAUAUCUUUCUUCAAUGAUGAUUGCAAACAUCGGUAUGAUAAUUGCUUUUAUAAUAGACCUUUGUUAUUGGAGAGGGGUGUUGUACUGGAUGAAUUAAAAGAUGUAGGAUUAGAUGUUAUUUUUGCUCUUCAUCGAUGGAAUUCUUCAGUUCAUAUCAAGAAGAUGGAUAAAACAUAUAAUACAUUGGUGAAGAUAUUUUAUUCUAACCUGCAUGAUAUUGAUAAAGUUAAUCACAAGUUUAAGUCCCUUGUGAGGAAGAGUUUGGGGAAAGAGAAGAAUAAGAAAACUCAGCCACAACAGCCACAAGUUGAAAUCCAGAAUGAAGUUGCACCUGAGGAUAAUAUUGCAACCCAAGCUAUCCCAAAUUCUUCCACAAGUGGUCUUCCUUCAUUGGAUGAACGAUUGUCUAUAUAUGCAUCUGUGAUGAUACGAAUGGGAAGAAUGAUGGAGGAAUUUGGAAAUACUCAAAAUGAAAUAAAGGAGUCUCUCAAG